AUGUUGAGCGAGAGCAUCCAGAGGUUCACAACCUCUGUGGUACAUCGUUGCCACUAUGAGGAGGACCCUGGGAAGAAUGUGCCACUUACAGUGGAAAACAAGAGGCGGUUACUAGCCAUGAUGUGUUUGUACUUUGGAUCUGGAUUUGCUGCACAUUUCUUUAUAGUAAGACAUCAACUGCUUUAA